UCCCUGGCUAGGGUUAGGGCAUCCUAGGGCCAUGGCAGAGGGAGGCGCGGUCCAGGCGCUUCCUCCGCACAGGCGCGCGCAGGUCUUGCUCCAGGACAUGGCGGGCCUCACAGUGCGCCUUCUCGAGCUAGCCGGCAGCAAAUCGUGGCAAGGCAGCCAUCUCAAGAGCCUCUUCCCCCCUUUCCUGGCCGGAGCUCCCGUGCCCGCCGAGGGCCUGGUCGCCAACAGCACCAAAGACGUCCUGGCGCUCCUCGACUCGCAUCAAUCGCUUCUAUCGGACGCGGUGUCCGAGAUUGCCGAGCUCCAGAGCCUGGAGCAGGAGAAGCAGCGAAUCGCCGAGGCGGUGGCGGCCAAGGACGCGGUGAUCCGCGAGUUUGCCAAGCGCGUCAGGGACGCGGAGCAGGUCCUGGAGCUCACGCUGGAGGAAUUCGAGGAGUACAGGCGGCCAUCCAAGGAGAGGAAGACAAUGGACGCCGAGGUGGACGUGUCCGAGCUCGUCUCCUACGCUCAUAGGAUCAGCUACACGACGUUUGCUCCUCCGGAUUAUCUUCUCGGUCAGCCCGGAGUGCUGGCUCCGGCUCCUCAGGAGCAGCAAAUGCGAGCUUCGGAGCUCUACCACUUCAGCGACAUGGAUCUGGGCGUCUUGAAAGCUCCGGCAACCGCACCGCGACCAGUGCCAUCGCUGCCGUCGCCAACGGUGGAGAAAUCACCACCGAAAGAAGCAGCAGCAGGAAAGCUCACGCCCUCUACUUCCACUCCGGUUACUCUUCCCGGACUGCCUCCCGGAAUCAAGCUCCCACCGAUGCCUCCCGGAUGGAAGCCCGGAGAUCCGGUUCCACUGCCGGAAGUGGCUCCAGCUCCAGCGGCACCGGCUCCAGGAGUAAUCCAGGUGCCGUUCGUGCAGCUGGAUCUAAAUCCGGAGCUCGAAGACGACUACGCCUCGGACUACAGCAACGAGGAGCAAAGUUCCGAGGAAGAGUGAGGAACCAAGUAAGUUGGCAUUCUUUCUAAAUUCCUUGAGACAUACUUCGUACCCUGAGGGCAAGCAGGAUGAAAAAACUCGAUUUUGCAAGUUAAAUCCAAACCUUGAAGGGGGAACAAAUGCUCGAUUCAAAUCCAACAGUCUUUUCCACUUACACCAGGUCUUGUGUAGCCGACUUCUUGUAGACGAAGAGGUCCGUAAUUUACUCA